GCCGAUGUUGUCGGCCUACAGGUCCCCUCACCCCUGGCGAUUGGCCGCUGUGGCUGGGGAUUGUGGGAGUUGUAGUUCAAAAACAGCGCGGGGGCGGGGGCGCCUUAGCUGAGCAGGCCUAGGAGGCUCCAGACCCCCAUUGGGCGGGCGGGGGGGGGGCUGGCGUGCCCACCGCCCCCUUCCUCGGCACCCCCCCUCCGCCGGCCCCCCCCGGGCGCCUGAGAGGGAGGCGUGGCGGCUGCUGCUCACCUCGGGCGCGGCAGGGGACGAGAGCGGGGCUGCCGCCGCCGCCGCCGCCUGGCGCAAUCUUACCCCGGGCCGGGCCGCUGCCGCCUCCUCCUCCUCCCCCGCCGUCAUCCUCGCCGCCCUUGUUGGGCCUGUGGAGGGCGCGGAAGGGGGAGGAGCGCACCACCCAGCCCGGCCUGAUGGCGCCCCUGCUGCUGCUGCUGCCGGUGCGGGCCUGGCGCUGCUGCCGCCGCCGCGGGGCGACGGGAGCUGGGCCCAGCGGGCGGCCCCUGAGCAGCAGCAGCAAGAGUACCUUUGAUGUCGCUGUUAUUGGGGCUGGCAUCGUGGGGCUGGCAUCGGCCAGGGAACUCAUCCUGCGGCAUCCAUCCCUCACUUUUGGAGUGCUGGAGAAGGAGAAGGAACUGGCUAAUUGUCGCAGCUGAGCAGGAAGACAUUCCGAGGCUGAAAGCCCUGUACGCGAGAGGGCUGCAGAACCGUGUCCGGGGGCUACAACUGAUCACCUCCAAAGAGAUACAAGCCAAGGAGCCCUACUGCCGGGGCCUGAUGGCACUGGACUCCCCCUACACUGGCAUUGUGGACUACAAGCAGAUCGCCCAGGCCUAUGCUGCGGAUUUCCAAGCAGCGGGAGGAGCCAUCUUGACUGACUUUGAGGUGCACGACAUGAAGGUGGCAAAGGAAAGUCCUGCUGAGAGUCAAGAAGGGAUAAAAUACCCUGUCGUUGUUCGGAAUUCAAAGGGGGAGGAAAUCUGCUGCCGGCACCUGGUGUCCUGUGCAGGGCUGUACUCGGACCGCCUCUCUCAGAUCAGCGGCUGCAGCCCCGAGCCCCGCAUUGUGCCCUUCCGGGGUGAUUAUUUGGUGCUGAAACCAGAGAAGUGCUAUUUGGUUAGAGGGAAUAUUUACCCAGUACCUGAUCCCCGUUUUCCGUUUCUGGGCAUUCAUUUCACCCCGAGGAUGGAUGGCAGCGUCUGGCUCGGGCCUAAUGCUGUGCUUGCCUUCAAACGAGAGGGCUACAGAUUUUAUGACUUCAGCCUGCGAGAUUUUAUGGAUGCAGCUGCCUACAGCGGCUUGUGGAAGCUGGUGGGCAGGAACUUCUCAUACGGAAUAGGAGAAAUGUACAGAGCAUGUUUCCUCAGUGCACAAGUGAAGCAGCUCCAGAAAUUCAUACCCGAAGUGACCAUCAAUGACAUACUUCGGGGUCCAGCUGGCGUCAGAGCUCAGGCCUUGGACAGUGACGGGAACUUGAUAGAUGAUUUUGUGUUUGAUGGAGGCACCGGAGACAUUGGAGGCCGGAUUCUUCAUGUCAGAAAUGCUCCUUCGCCUGCUGCUACUUCCUCCCUUGCCAUUGCAAAAAUGAUCGCCGACGAGGUGGAGCGAAGAUUUGAACUGUGAUUGGAACACGGGAGGGUUAGGCCUAUUCCGAUUCUUGUGUGCUUAGACACAGUGACUGAAGUGUGGCAAUUCAGGAAACACAAGGGAAGGUUGCUUGGGGUUUUUUGGGGGGGAGGGGGGUUGUUGGAAUCAGGGUUACCUGCUGCAGGGGCCUCAAACUUGGCUGUGUACCAAAUCUCAGAAUUUAUGCCAUAUAAAGUGGCCCAGAGGUCCUUUGAAUGCCAUGUUAAUUUGGCCGGGGAGAUUGGCCCAUGAUAGACCCAGGAGACUGUUUGAAACGCCAGCAAAUUAUUAUCCCUGUACAGGAUUCCGUUCUCACCUACAGCAGCAAAUACAGAAACCACGAAUAACAAACUCUUAACUCCAUGGGAAUCUGGGGGUUAGGUUCCCACACACAGAAGAAUCAGAAAAAACAUGGGUGGGAAGCUGAAAUACAUGGAAUGUGACACCAUACCUAGCUCUCCAGCAAUGCCCCCUCCCAACCCGCAAAUUGGCCGAUUUUUGCAGGUUUUUUCCUUUUCCUUUUUGUAAACACAAGCCACAAAAGGGCUCCGUGCUGCCUCUGGACCGGAAAUGUCCCUGGAAGUUGGCCCAGGAGCUGCAGAUAGGCAAAAAAGGUCUGUUUUUAGUACUGCAGAUGAGGAAACUGGCCUGGGUCUCUAAGACCCACCCGCAGAUACUAGAAGCCGCGAUCCGUGAAUCCGCAGAUAACAAGGUCCUCCUGGAUGUCUGAGUGGGAAGCGGGCCAGGCCGAGCCCUCCCUCUUGAGCUCUCGUGGUCCAAAGGGGGCUUCCACUCCCCUCCCUCUUGGAUUUGCCUGAAUAAGAGAGAGCAAGGUGUUACCCACUACUCCGUGAGAUGGCUGUGCAAUCCCACCUGGCUUCUGAACAAGGAGGAGUGUCUGUCCUGUGCCCAGCUGACUCACAACUCUUGCCAGUUCCUGCCUGUCCAUGCCAAGCCCCUCCGCAAGCCAUGGCAAUUAUGGCAGUGCCGUCGGUGGAGAAGUCAUGCUAGGAGUCCACAGGAAAAGGUACCAGCUUAGUUUUGCACCCUUCCACCUUAGCAUACCAAUGCUGACGAGGGCUCUGGACGCAAACUGUGGCCAUAGUUCAGAGGGAGGUUCUGUUGCCCAAACGGCACUGAAAUGCCUGGGAGAAAUACUGUGCAAGAGCCCAGUAGUGGAAGCAAAUAAAACACUCAAGCAAAUCAUGGUCUGACUCCACAACUAAAGGACUGCUGUCCUUGUUGUUGUUUUGUUUCGAUUUCUAUACUGCCCUUCCAAAAAUGGCUCAGGGUGGUUUACAUAGAUAAAUAAUAAAUAAGAUGGAGCCCUGCCCCCAAAGGGCUUACAAUCUAAAAGAAACAUAAGACAGAUACCAGCAACAGUCGCUGGAGAGAUGCUGUGCUGGGAUGGAUGGGGACAGUUGCUCUCCCCCUGCUAAAUAAAGAGCCACUUUCAAAGGUGCCUCUACUUUUGUUUUGAGGCUGCUGGUGCACCUCGGGCCGUUCUCCAGCCAGGUGGUCUGAUGGGUCACCCCUCAUUUUCAUGUCCUGACUAAAUUUGCAUAUGCACACAAUCAUUCUGCUCUGCACACCUCAGCCAUGUUAAUAUCAGCAUAAAUAGUAGUAGUGAAAAAUCAUACCUAAUUAAAUACAGGCUAUUUUUGUAAAAUAAAAUGUAGAGAGGGGUGUAAGGCUGAGCAGAGGUCAGCCCAGAUUGGCAGCUCUGUUGCUAGAAGCUGAAUUUAUGCCAAAAAAAAAAACCCUCUCCUGUUGCUGCAAUACACGGAGUGGUUGUGGGAUGGGAAAAUGGCUGCUUGAAUGAAGGGUGAUGGACAAGGGGAUGUAUAAAGUUGCUUAUUCACUAAAUUGUGGCAUGUGGUACCUUGCAUUUUAUCUCCAAAUGGCUUCCAGUAACCCAGUUAUCUGCAUUCUACAUUUCCUCCCCUGUCAUGCUGUGGUCUUAGAGCAGAGGUCCCCACCCUUGGGUCCCCAGAUGUUGUUGGACUACAACUCUUAUCAUGAUCCCCCCAAGUCAUUGUGGCUGCAGAUAAUGGAGUGAUAGUGGUGAGGGACCCAAGGUUGGAACGGACCAGUCCCACACACACACCCCUACCUUCCCAGUCCAGUUAAUGAGAGUCUAGCCUUGUGGAGCAGGAACACUUAAUGCCCUUAAAACCACACUUGAAACCUGUUGCAGCCGUGAAAGCCAACCUCAGGUUGUUCCUACGAUGUAGGAAGUUCUCCACUUCUUGCAAAGCUCUUCCCACCUGGAAGUGGGAUGCGGAGGCAGCUUAUCCCUGUUGAGUAGAUGGCAUUUUGUUGGCUCCUUGUGAAAGUGUAGCUUCCCCGCUCCAUCACAAGAAAGAAUUAGUACAUUCCCUUAUUGAAAACAGCUGCCAGUGUUCCAUAGAUCCAUAGUUUAGAAGGAAGGCGUUCACAGUUGUUCAUGCUGUAAUAGUUGCCUCUUAGGAGCAUUAACACAAACUUGCUGCUUUGAAACAGCACUUUCAGUGUGAAAGUUCUCUGUGGGUUAUGCACAAGCAUAAGAAGCCCCCUUGAAAUCUGAAAGUUCAGCAGUUGAUCAGGCCAGGGUAAAAAAUACAAAAAAGGCAGUGGGGGGUGUGUGUGUCACCAGUGGGACCUCCAUUAGCCCACAUGCGUCCGUGACACUUUUUAAACUCCAGAUAAGCACGUUCCAGUCCUGGCACUUAAUAUCAUGGAGUCAGUGAAGACCAGAUUCAGUCUUCAGAUUCAAUUAAAUGUACAAGAUAAUUUUGGAAAAUAGAAUGUUUGCUCAUAUUCAUCAAAACGGAAGUUCCAAAACAGUCCAUAAAAUAGCUGCAUAGUACUUCUACAUGUCCUAGCAAGCUGAAAGGUGAUUCAUAUGUAUCUCAAAGCACCCUGCUUACCCUGAAAAGCAAUAUAUAAAUGUUUAUAGUAGCAGCAGCAGUGAAGUCUGGAAACGGCUUAUUUCUGCAUCUUCCUGUUUAAAAGAGAUGAGAUUAACUUCAGGUAGCUUCAUCUUGAAGUCACCUGAAGUGGCGCAGCAGGGAAAUGCUUGAUUAACAAGCAGAAGGUUGCCGGUUCACAUUCCUGCUGGUACUAUAUUGGGCAGCAGCGAUAUAAGAGGAUGCUGAAAGGCAUCAUAUCAUACUGCGUGGGAGGAGGCAAUGGCAAACGCCUCCUGUAUUCUACCAAAGAAAACCACAGGGCUCUGUGGGCGCCAGGAGUCGAAAUUGACUACCUUAGCUUCAUCUUGUUAAAUGUGACUGGCAUAUAGAGGGCUGCACUGCUUCAAGGACAUAUUUCCAGGUGGCACAGAGGGCUUCCUGGGGAAUGGGAGAUUGUGCAAAAUUGCCCCUUCUCCAAUGCAGUUACUUGGGAAGUGCUGGUAGCCAGCAUCUCUCACUGCACUGGUGCUUCCUUGCUCUGUAUGUCAACCUGUAUUGCCACAUCAUCUGGAAAACGGGAAUUUGGUGUGUGUAUAUAGCACCAUAACAGUGAUUACAAGAGAUAUCUGAAAACAGGUUCUCUGGACAUACAGUUGUCGAAUAUUUGAGUAUCUGCGACUGGCAAACUGUCACCCUGCCCCUUGUCAGCCGCGACUUGAGUAUUCGUGGCUGGCACCAUUAAAAAAAAAUUCAGCUGUUUUUUGGCUGAUUUUCUGGGGUCAAUCAGAGGGUCAUUUGCGAGGGUUUAGGGUGAUUUUGGGGUGUUUGGCCAUGUCAUUUCUGGGGCUCAGGGGAUCUGUUCCAAGGGUCAGGGGACCUUUUCUGGGGCUCAGGGUUGUUGGGUUUUUUAAAAACCUUUUUUGGUGGUUUUUAGGCACUUUGGCACUCGCAAUUCCCCUAACCCCUUGUUUAUAAUGUAAUCCUAUGCCUUGGCAACCGUUAGGGUUUCCAGGAACGGGACCCUCGCGGUUGGCAAGGGACAACUGUAUUUCUCUACAAAUGGUUAAGAGCUGACCACUGCCAAUUACAUAGCCCAAAACAUGCUGGCAACCGGAAAAGUCUGAAAUGGGACACAGAUAAUGUUUAAAAGUUAAGACAUAUUAUUCUUAAUAAAAUUAUUGAUACCCUGC